AUAGCAAAAUUUUGUCAAAUAAUAACAGCUGUCCUCGAUUCUACUAAAUAUAAUAAUUAAUAGUUUUCAUAAAAAUACAUUAUUAUAUAGUAACAAAAUAAUUACCAUAUACCUGCUAACACCCUAUUAAGUGAUUUUCCCUAAAGUGCGAAUUCCUAGUGCUUAGUUAUUGUUCAAAGAUGUCGAUUCCUCCACUCGUUAGCAGUACUCCACCACCUCUGGAACAAUGUGAAGACGACAAAGAUACAGAGGAAUUUGAUUUACAAUAUAAUCUACCUUAUGAUGAUGAUGAUGGCAAUGAUUACAAUUAUGGAAGCUUUAGUUCUUUCAACAACAUGCAAUCAACUGCUUCAGAAGAACCCAUUACCACCACAGUAUUUUCAAAUCAUGCUGUUUAUGAGGUAAACAAUAUCUCAGGCAAACCAGAAGAAAUCAUAGAGAACUUGGAGAGUGCUACUGAUAAAAAUAAAAAUCAACUGAAUAUAGAAGAAGAAGUUAAUAUUGAGGAUUUAGAUUUGAAAUUGGAUGCCACCGAACCUCCAGAUAUAAAAGCAGUUCUUAGAGAUAAUGAGGAAGAAAAAUGUGAAUCUAGUAAUCAUGAAAAUGAUUUAGGAAGUAUAUCAAAUAGUUCACUUCAUAUUGAAGUAAGUAAUUAUCCAAUAGAUGAACACAAUACAGAAAAUCUUGAAGAAGUUUUUAAACAGAAUAUUAAUGAAGAAAUUGACACAACAGAUGUGGAGAUAGUAUCAAAUGAAAUCAAUAAAGAUGAAAUAUCAAAUCUUAAUGAACAAGAGCAUGUUGAAUGUUCAGAUAAUAUAAAUAGUGAGAUAAAAGUGGACAACUUUGACACAACAUCCAAUGUUGUGAAAGAUGAGGAAGCAGAUGAUGAUUUUGAUGAUUUUCAAUUCAUAACUUCAAAUAAUAAACCUGUGAACAAUACUAUAGAAGAUGUCUUAGUCAAAGAAGAAAGUCCUUGGGGUAAGGAAGAACCAAUAAAAUCUGAUUUUGGAAAUUUCACUGCAAAUUUUGAAGAUAGUUCUAAUCAAUCUCAACCAGAAAAUUUUAAUGACAAUGAUAAGGCAAUCAUGAUUGAAGAUGAUGAUUUUGGAGACUUUGAUGAUUUUCAGUCAUCAACAGCUGGUGCUAAAAAUGAUAAUUGUUCUAGUGAGAAUUCUCAGCAAGUUCCAGUUUUGAAUUUACCAUCACUUCCAGAAAAUGAAAAUCAAAUUAUGGAAAAUAUUAAUAAAGUCUUAACUUCUAUCUUCAAAGAAGAAAUAGCUGAAUCUGAUGAAAUACUAGAAGCCAAGCUUGAUUCAGUACUUAAUGAAACAUGGGGCCAUUUGAUGGAAACAGAUGUGAGGCAGCCAUAUAUAGUAAAUUGGAACAACUCUUUAGCACAGAAAACCCUAUUGAAAUCUCUAUGCAUAGACUCAAGAAAUAUACUAUUUGGCCCAAAAUGGAAUUACAACAUGCCAAAAUAUGCAGCAAAUCUUACCACUGCACCUUUACAACCUCAAAAACAAGUGUCUACUUCCAACACUCAAAGUGAAACCACAAAUCCUGAUAAAGGGACUUCGAAAUCCACUACUUGGGGUGAUCCUUUUGCAUCUAAUGGUCAAGAAUUCACAUACGCCGAAGCGCUCCUCCUAGAUUUAGAACACCUAAUGGCCACCCUGGACCAAAUGGCUCAUACCCACUCCACCCUUAAAAUAUCCGAGUUAUUGUCACAUGCUUGCAGUAAUGAAGGUGAAAACGCCGUCAUAGAGCCAAGACCAACAGACUUGGACGUUUUUGAAGCUUCCAUGUCAACAAAAAAAGAUAAGAUAUACUCUAGCAGCAUAAGCGUGCAGCCUAUACGACAGAUUAGUUUGCCAGACACACAUAUUUUCACACCAACAGAUUCAGAAACACCGAGAUCUAAGACCAUUCAUUACGACUGCGGCCCCGCACCCACCGUCCUCAUUCCACAACCAGUUAUGGACAGUUUGAAAACUGAUGAAAAUAAUGCCGUCAUUCCCCCUGUUACAUUGGCACCGAGCAACACGGAGACUGAUAAUGAAUAUUGGGAAUUUCAAAAUUUCAGAGGAACUCCUGUGGAAAGCAAUCCACAGCCUUCCGAAAAAAAAGACACAGAUGAUAACGCUUUGCCAAAAUCAAAUGUAACAUAUCAGACACAGUUACUACAACCAAUUAAAUUAGAACCAAUAAUUCCAACUCUAAAUUGGCCUGAUCCGGGAGAAAUUAAAGAAACUUUUGAAGAUUUUACAGACUUUAUGACCAGUUCCGAGAUCUCUGCAAAAGCAGUGCCUGAAGAACAUGGUAAAUCGAGUAACGAAGUCCCUCAUCAAUCCAUUAAUGUAGAAAUAGAUGUAAAGGAAGGGUCAUCAAAAAUUAAUGAUAGUUUUGAUGAUGAUUUUGAUACAUUCCAGUUUGCGGUACCUUCCAAGCCAGGUGUUAAUUUUGAGUUCAAUAGUGUUGAAAGUAACAAAGUAUGUAAUAAACUACACGAUAAUAAUUCAUUGCAGCAUGAAAAUAAUUCAGAAUUUAAGUGUGUUUUCCCUAAUAAUAACACCAUUAAAUGUGAAGACAUAUCAUUAUCAAACUGUGCAAAGCCAUUAGAAGCUUUACCUAAACCUAUAGAGAGUCAUUACAUAAAAGGUCCAUCAUGUUCAGGAAUCAGUAGUAGUAUAUUACAGCCUAUAUCUACUGGGACUACAGGACAAGUGCUUACUAAUCCAGGCACUACACAAAACCAACCAAAAUCUGGCCAAAUAUUGCAGCCCUUAUCUCUAGAGAGUUACUCUCAAAUUAAUUGGCCUAACCCAGGUAUAGAUUUGCAAGAUUUAUCACGGUUUAACCCAGUCGAAACUCUUCCUUCUCUUAAAAAUGAAACAAGUGGGAGCAGCAAAGUUGGCACACCUAUUCAUAGCCAGAAAACUGUUGUCACUAAUCAAAUUCCAGAUGACGAUAUUUGGGGAGAAUUUGUCUCCAGUAACCCAAAGCAAACGCAGUCAUUGUCAACAAAAGCGCCUGCGUUAAUUGACGACGAUGAAUGGACGGAUUUUGUAUCCAGUUCUAGUGUAAAACCUCAGAAUGGUUUGAACACGAUCAGCUUCAAUGUUCACACAAAUUCAAAUAUUCAGAAACCCCCGAAUCGAAAGUUUGUAAAUAAUAACCAACUUCCACUUGACAUUCCCAGCCUAAAUUAUAUUACGCCGAAGACUGGCAACCAUAAAUCUUAUAACAAUAAGCAUUUCCAAAACUUAUAACAGAGUUCCCUAUCCUUAUAACAGCAUUUCCUAAACUUAUAACAGUUGUUUUAUAAAUGGUACUUAAUUUAUGGUAUAAUUUUUUUACUUUCUAUAUAGGUGGAGGUUUCAAUUUUAAAAUAUUUGUUAUCGCACCGUUAAGACUUCUUAUGACUUUUGUGAUUUAACUGCGUGUAUUGAUUAAAUACACAUAAUAAUGUAAGGUAUGUGAUUAUUUAUCAAAUUUAUCAUUAUCUUUCGUUUUGUGUUGACAGUCCCAACAUUAUACAUGUUCAAUGAAAAAAAAAUAUUGUAAAAAUGGUUAAAUAUUAUUUUAAAAAAGCAAUCCUGAGCUUAGCUACGGCCGAGUAGCAUUAAUAUAGAAGGGUCACUAUCCUGUCUAUAUAUUCCAUUGUGUGAUUAGCAUGACUAAUCACACAAUGGAAUAUAUUAUAAUAUAGCUGAUAUUAGUAGUAAAAUCAAGUCUGAUAUAAAUCAUUAUUAGCAAAAGUCAGAUUUAAUAUUGUUUGUAUAUAGGUAGUACAUAUGAUGUAUAAAAUGUAAAUCAGCAAUUAUGAAAUUAAUAUUAGAGCCAUUUCUGUAGGAUGUUUUUUGUAUUAUUUGGCAAUAUUUUAUUGUAGGUAUUUAAUUGUUCAAUGUAUCUCCUUAUCAGUAUUUUAUUUUAAAUUUCGAGAUUAUUUUUUUAUAAAAGUUGCGAGUCCAAUCUCGAAGUCCUGUUGCUUGGGUACGACGAUCUAUCCCCCGUUGUAUGUAACUGUCUUUUCUGUCUCAUUUCACGCUUCAUAAUUAUUUUGCAGAAUACUUCUUUACAUUUUCACUAUUAUGAUAAGAAAUUUAUGAUAGAAAAACUAAAAACCAAUCACCUAGUUUUGAAAAAAAAAAUGUUUUGAUAAUUUAUCACCUUUUUCCAAAAUCAAAUUUCAUAUAAAUCGCCAAGUCAAUAACGAUGGACUUCGGAUUUUAAUACAUCUGAAUAUUCUGCUAACGGUAAGUCGGAAUUGUGUCUUAAUGGGCAUUCAAGAAUAGUGCGUAUUGUGUCUAGAUGAAAACUACGAGGGAGAAGGUUCUGUUCCUUGAUCAAAUACUUUUUCUUCUUACGCGUUUGUAUGAAGAUAGACUUUGGACGUAAUAUGUAAAUCAAUUUAAUAUUUGAAGGUUAAUUUAUAGGUAUAAUAAUAAGUACUUUUUAAAGUUUCGCAUUAUAUAUCGUGUUGUGACAUAUCAAAGGAAAGGGAUUGUUUUUAGGAUCCUUAGAUCUAUUAGAUUAAGAUAUAUUUCUGGUUUAAUUUCAACGUUAAAAUUUAUACCAGAAAAAAAAUGGGAAUAUCGAUCAUUCGUCAUCCUCUCUAAUCACCGAAACUGCUAAGCCUGAACUUUCGUAAAACAUACAGAAACAAGAAGUGUACAGAACUUGCAGUUGGUGCUUGGAUUGGGAGCGUCUAGACUAGAGUUAGGACGGUAAUGGAUUUACCGUAUUUAUUCUAUGAUUGCUUGCUUUAAAUUAUACGUUAUAAAAUAAAUUUGAUCCUAAAAUAAGCCCUUUCAAAUUGAUACGACACAAUAUAUUUAUUAUAUACAUUUUGCGUUUUUUUUUCAUAUUUUACCCCUAAAGUAGCCCACAUCAUAAACAUUAAAUUUAUUUACUCGUCCAUUUUCGGUUCACAGACUUGAAGAUUGAAAGAGAAUUAUUUGAUUUAUCGUUAGUAGAAGCUACGCAACGAUCUGCUCGUUUGAUUGCGGCUGUACUUUGUGAAGUAUGUUGAUUUUAUGUAUUAACAUUGUAAAUAUGAGAUAAAUUAAUUUAUCCUUAUAAACAGUUUUAUUCAUUAACUUUCAGUUUCUACAUCCGAAUUAUCCAUAUCGUCUAUGUGUGUGACCAUACUGUCCUUGUCGUCGUCGUCUAAAGGCACCACAAACUUAGGCAAAUUGCUUUCCAUAGUCACUUUGAAAGGGCACUGUUCAAACUCUGGCAAUGAUACAAAUCUGAAACAAGAUUAUAAUAGGCUAUUUAUAUGCAUUUUAAUUUUUACCCAGUCAAGUAGCCACUCAUAGAUUUGUAGAUUUGGUUCCACAAGCUAUAAAGUGGUUAGCUAGGAGAUAAUGCUUCUAGAAUUAAAUUCUCCCAUUUGUUUAUAAGUAUGUUUUUACUUGGAACAAUGACGUUUAAUACAUAAAUAAAAAGUUGUAAAGUAAA